AUGUCUCAAAUGUAUUUCUUCAAGUUUUUGUUCGGUGAGCCCUCUCCAGACAUGGCAAUCAUGGACGAGGUGCAAGAGCGGUCUUUUGUGCCACUGUCAUUUGAGUUGACCCGACAGACUGAGAUUUUCUUUGAAGAGAAGCUCUAUCCCCAAGCGUUCAAUCUUCUUUUGAAUGUUGUUGGAUCAGGCACCAUCUCAUCGAAUGAGGUGGUGGUUCCACAACCCGAACAUCUCGCCAUAGCAGCAACUAUGCUUGUGCAUCCAAACACCACAACAGGAGCUGAGUUGGAUGCUGAAAAAGAGGCUCCCAACAUCGCCUUGCGUUUGCUGCGACUGACACACGCACUCAUCGGCUCUAAGAACGCGCAUUUCCACAGUGCUUUCAAUUUCACUCAUUUUGAAUCCACCCGACAGGGCACGCGACGCGACAGUCCAGCGCCCGGUGAAACUAUCCUCAAUGACAAAAAUUCUCUUUGGGCCACUGCAGAGGACUUUUGGCAUGCCGUUGGUUGGGCAUUCAAUUGUUCAGUGUCACAUCCGGCCAGAUGGAAACAUUGGCAGAUAUGGCUCCAGUUCAUCUGUACCGUGCUUGAAGAUGACUGGAACGAGCGUGAAUCGGAAUUUUUAGGGGCUCAACAAAGGGAAUUGGCAGAGAGGUCCGAGAGAGAAGCUUCUCAGGGUGUCGAGCCGACAGAGCAAGGGACCCGCGAAACGCGCCGAUUCAGGAAGGGGAAUAACAAGGAAGAUGGCCUCGGAAUUAUACGGGAAAGCUUGAUUUUCAAGUACAUCGCCUCAAAUAUUACUACAUACGGACGGGAUCGAAGAAUCAUGCGGGCAAUCUUUGCAGACGGUCAACCAAAAUCCGCCCAAUUCUCAGAGGUGUUCAAAAACGAACUACGAAAAUCCGAAACUAAGCAACGCUCGUCAAACUCCAAGAAGAGAUCUAAGGUGGUCAACGUUGACAAGGGGGAAUAUGGUGAUUAUCAAUCCGACUCAGACGACGAGUAUAUUACUUUCAGCGGAAGAAUUUCGAGGAAAAUAUCACCUCCUGCAAAAGCCACGAAGGCUCGGCCUACCAAGCGCACCCGGAGAGGAACUCGGAACGUUAUGGAUAGAAAUGCAGAGUCUGACACGGAGAUGCUUGACGCAGACCAUGCCAACGACCUAUCCUCCUUAGGAGGCUACAACUCACUUGCUCUUCGCCAACGACUGCUCGGCCUCCUUUCCAGUGUCUCGACAAGACUACCCAAGGAUUUCGUGCCUGUCGACGACCUCUACCACAUGUUCGCAGAGAACAUUCGCGACCUUUCUCUCCCAAUCUUCCAACACUUUAUUACCCCCUCCAAUCUCCCGGGUCUCACAAUGGAAGCACACUGCGGUCUCUGCGAACUUCUCCUAUACCUCAUGCGGGAGAGUUCCGCGCCGCCUUCAAAUGAUGAUUACCUCACUUCAACCAAACUGCAGCAGUGCUUUCUCCCCUAUGGGGCGGCAAGUCCAACAAUUGCCAAUAAUGCCAAAAUCUCUAUGCUUCUAGAGGCCAUGAUUACCAUCCUACAUCAUGAGAACGCGAUCUCUGCAACGCCGCAGCUGAAAAAUGCCGCUCAGGCGGGAAUUGCUCACCGUGAAUCGGCUUCCCUGGAGCGCGGUACUGUGGAGUGGUCUUAUUUAUGGGAGAGUGGCGUUCGAAUUAAGUUUAUGCUUGAUCACAUAUUGCCUUGA